AUGUUAACUCCUUCAGAGAAUACGGCACCGAAUUUAAAAAUUGAGUUGGAAAAGCCAUUUGCUGGCCUUUGUGUCGAAAUCUGCUGCAACAAUAUAGAUGCACUUCGCAGCGCACAUAUGUUGCAUUACUAUUCGCGAGUUGAUGACCGCUUUCCAGCGCUGUGCUUGAUUGUCAGUGAGUGGGCCAAAAAAGUGGGAAUCGACGACGCAAACAUGGGAUUUCUUAGCAGUUAUGCAUGGGAGCUGUUGGUUUUGCAUUUUCUUCAAUGUGGACGAGUGAUCAAUAAGGAUCCAGCAGGCGAACUGCUUAUUCAAUUUUUUGAUUAUUAUUCUCGCUUUGAUUUCAGUGAAAAUGCUAUUUCAAUCAAACGUGGCACAGUGGUAAAAAGAGCCACGGAUAAGGAAGAUCCGGUGAGUUGGAAACCAGUGCAGCAGCGCGACAGGCGAGCAGGGCUUCACGCUCAGCGGGCGGGGUUGUUGGAAGACACGCAAAUUUUCAAAAUGUUUAUCGAAGAUCCAUUCUCAGAGUGUAAUGCAUCAGCGACUGUGAAGCAAAUGAGCGAACUGCUGAAAAUCCAAGGAGCGUUUGAUAUUGCUCGAGAUUCAUUUGUCGGUCCUCACGCUAGAGAGCCUUUGCUGUCGAAUAUCCUUUGA